AUGACCGGGCCACCUGUCACCGUGGAACCGGCUACGCCAGCUCAACAUCGCUACGAGAGUAAUAGUAAUAUUUCCUGCAUGCACCGCGCUCCAGAUCAGGACAACGAUCCCAAAGAGACACACCACCACGAUGCUGAUGUCCGCCCACGCCCGCCGCCCACCAUCCUAACCUUUUCUGACGUUCCCGGCGACCUUUCCCAGCUCGGUCCCAUCCAACCGCAACCCGGCAUCGAGACCAACAACAGCUCCGUGCUCCCGCCCGUCCGCUCGACCUCACGUCACCACCCACGCAAACCCUCCCCCGGCCUCGCCGCGCGCCUCAAGGCUCUAGGAUUCGGCGGCACGUCCCGACAGCCGUCCGCCCCGGCCACCAUCGCCCAUGAGCACAUCGGUCGGCUGCCCGAGGACCAGCUUCGACUGAUCGACGAGAAGCACCAGGCCAACAGCUCCCUAGGGGAACCGCUCGAACGCCGCGGUCGCCCGUGGAAGGGUGCUGGCGCCCCUCUGCAGUUGCUGCGAUCCAAGACGAGCCGCAGUAGUCUCAAGUCAUUGAAGAAGGAAGAAGACGACGACAACAACAGCACCAAAGACGACUCCGGCGCCGCGCGCGCCCCGAGACACGAUCUUCUUCCCGAGAUCACCACGGCGCUACCUCUGGAGAUGGAUACCAAUAAGUACCGGCUGCCCGACCACACCAACGGCAACGGCACCAAGGCACUAUCAGAUACGCGACGAGAGCACAUAGAACGGGAUUCGCGCAUCCUGGAGCAGGAGAACCAGGCCCCGCCCCCCUUGCCGAAAGAUACACCACCCGGCGGCACGGCAUCGUCCGAGUUCAACCCCGAUGUCUCCUAUUUCAAUCCUCUCGGCCUCCAACGGCCCGGCUCCAUCUACACAAUCUCGAGGCUCUCCUUCGCCAACCAACUUGCCCAACUCACAUCGCUACAGCUCCCUGAUGCAGAGACACUGUCAGGCAAGAUCUCGGCAAUUCCUACCGCGCAAGCCGCCGCAAAGGCCCUGAUCAACGCCGCCGAUCAAAUACGCAUGUGGAUAUCCAAAGCCACCGAGGUUAUUGGCGGCCUGGACAGCGAUGGCGAUGUGGAAUGGGCUGCCGCCGGAGGCCGGGAGGGCUACGAGGAGGUGGAAAACGCCAUUAUAAGGUUCGAGGAGCUCAUCAACGUUUAUGUUGGCGCCAUUGAGGAGCUCCAAAACCGGACCGAUAUUGCCAGCGUGACAAGCGAGGAUUUGCAGCAGGCCGUGACCCAGAUGGAAUCCAUUCUGGAAGAGUGGGCAAGUAUCCGGUCUACCCUCAAAAUCGCGAAAGGCCAAAUCGAGAUUGCUAUGGAAUGGGAGGAGUUGUGGAACACCGUGCUGGGCGAAAUCCAGAAUGAGUUGGAUGAUCUCUGUCGGCUCGUCUUUGAGAUGGAGGAGCGACGCCAUAAGUCUUUGAUUGCGGCGGUGAACGGCGAUGGUGUCGACAUUGGAGACCUAGAGACCAUAGUCGAGGAAACGCCACCCACCGUUGCCCGGAACAAUCGCGUCAGCCUACCAGCCUAUCCCAUGAGUCCAACCUCGCCGGCAGGGCCAAGCUUGACGCAGGAUGAUUCGAGUCUUCUGGCUUUGUUUGCUAGGAUGCAGCCGCUGAGGGCUUCGUUGGAUUUUCUCCCCAUGAGGCUCUCGGUGUUUGAGGCUAGGGCGCAAGACGCAUUUCCCUCGGCCGGCGAGGAGCUUGACGAAAGACGCACCUUUCUCGAGGAGACUUACAAGAAGUUGGAGCGGGAUGCUGAAUCACUAAGGAAGGAGCUUGGCGAAGACAGAUGGGUUCUGGUGUUCCGUGGUGCCGGCCGUCAGGCGCAGAAGAUGGUCGAGUCUGUCGAACGAACGGUGGCGAAACUACGCGAGGCUCUGGAUUCCGGAAUGCACCUAACAAAUCCGGCUCAUCUCAGCAAGAAGAUCGAGAGUUAUGAGGCAAAGAAAAUGCACUACGGGCCGGCGAUUGAACGAGUUCUGUCCAUUAUCGAAAAGGGUGUCAAGGAUCGUCUCACCCUCAACGGCGAAAUUUUAAGGCUGCACACCGAAAUGCAGUCCAAGUGGAAAGACGUGAAAAACCAGAUGCGAGAUCUGGAUGAAACCCUGGAAGAGGUACAAUCCGACGGGAAGGGACAAACGUUGAGAGAUUCCAUCUCGAGCAUGUUGUCUAAUGACCGGUCGACGGUUGCGAGUGGCCACGAGACCCCCGGAAGCUCGCCUCCAUCCUCGGUGGUCAUGUCAAGCUUGGGCCUGGAGCCUGUCACUCCAUUGGCAAACAAGAAGUCUCGGGCCACCAAUUCUGGAAGCCAUCUUCCUCUGCCCUCUAAUUCACGAAGGAGCCUGGCACCGCAGUCGCAGGUUGCCAGGAAACCGCUUGGGUCUCGCUUGUCAACCUACUCCGGUUCUCCUAGCUCGUCAACUCCGGCACGUAGUGCAUCUGCGACGCCGCUGGGUACUCGAACGCCCCGUUCUGUUUCCAAUCUGGUGGAUAACCGCCCUCGCUGGAACGGGUCCGUGAACGCGAAAGACUCCGACUUGGGGCACCACUUCAAGCCCCUGAGCCUAACCACACCAAGCCCGUACUCGAAGAGGAGUCCCACACCGGUUCGAUCCACCUCAUCACUCACGCCCAGCUCCAACACCAAGAUACCCACACUACGUAGCCCGCUCGGCCGUGCAGGUUCCGCCUCGCCAAUGCCUGAGGAAACACCACCAAGAACAAACACAUCCCGGCUAUCGUUCCGUGAUCGCCUUGCCGAGCGCAUGGCUUCGCCUGGUCCCUACUCUCAACAAUCGUUGAUGAAGCCGCGGCUGGCGUCUCAAGCGUCAAUGUCCUCCUUGACCAACAACCGCCGCGCCUCUCUGCAGCCACCUAGACCGCAGGGCCAGGACGGCACCAAGCGAUCGGUCAGUUCCAUGGCCACCUCGAGACGAACGAGUCUGUUGCCUCAGCCAACGACAAGAACGGAGACCCCGACGGGCCGCCACAGCCCUCACGCCCUGGCAGGUGCACGAACAGCCAUGCGGAGGCUGAGCAGUACUACAAGAGAGGAUCCAAAGGACUCUAAGCCGCGCUGGCGGUUCUAA